AUGGGGCCAGACUACGAUAAGAAGAAUACAGUCCUUCGUCGCAUUCUAGAAAAUGCCAGCAAUAACAUCGUCUGCCCUCUACAAGCAGAAAACACCAAGUCUGAGUAUGGCAUUUUGCAGGAUUUCCAGGACUCGGUGUCCGAAUUUCAACAUCUUCUGGCAAUUGCGGAAAAAUCGGGGAUUGUAUUUGUAUGCCCGCAAUGUGUUGACGUGGACUUUGAAUAUUUUGACAAGAUGAAUGAAUUUCGGUUCCACUGUUGGAAAAAACAAGAUGAAAGGCACAUGGGCUUCGUCUCCUUCGACCAAUCGAUAUUCAACGAAGCUUACUGUAAAGCUAUUGGAGGCGAUUUUCAAACCACAAAACCUCGAACCAGGGAGGAUAUGAUCCAAAUUGCCUACGUCUUUAAAAAUAAGAUUGUUCGUGUUUCUGAGUACCCGCAUAAUCUCAUUUGA